AUGGAGGACUUUCUACUCUCCAAUGGAUAUCAGCUGGGCAAGACCAUUGGGGAAGGGACCUACUCAAAAGUCAAAGAAGCAUUUUCCAAAAAACAUCAAAGAAAAGUGGCAAUUAAAAUUAUAGACAAGAUGGGAGGGCCAGAAGAGUUUAUCCAGAGAUUCCUGCCUCGGGAGCUCCAGAUUGUCCGUACCCUGGACCACAAAAACAUCAUCCGGGUGUAUGAGAUGCUGGAAUCAGCAGAUGGAAAAAUCUACCUGGUGAUGGAACUGGCUGAGGGAGGGGAUGUCUUUGACUGUGUGCUGAACGGAGGGCCACUUCCCGAGAGCCGGGCUAAGGCCCUCUUCCGCCAGAUGGUUGAGGCUAUUCGCUAUUGCCAUGGCUGUGGCGUGGCCCACCGGGACCUUAAGUGUGAGAACGCCUUGUUGCAGGGCUUCAACCUGAAGCUGACCGACUUUGGCUUUGCCAAGGUGCUACCCAAGUCACGCAGGGAGCUGAGCCAGACCUUCUGUGGCAGCACAGCCUAUGCGGCCCCUGAGGUGCUACAGGGCAUACCCCAUGAUAGCAAGAAAGGCGAUGUCUGGAGUAUGGGUGUGGUCCUGUAUGUAAUGCUCUGCGCAAGCCUACCUUUUGAUGACACAGAUAUCCCCAAGAUGCUGUGGCAGCAGCAGAAGGGGGUGUCCCUCCCCACUCAUCUGGGCAUCUCGACCGAAUGCCAGGAUCUGCUCAAGCGGCUCCUGGAACCAGACAUGAUACUCCGGCCUUCAAUCGAAGAAGUUAGUUGGCACCCAUGGCUAGCAAGCACUUGA